AUGGCCUACGCGGGCAAACAACACUCGGCGCGACGCGUUACGGACGGUUCAUUUGACGACCGCUCGCCGAAAUGGUCCGAAAAAGGAGGCUACAUUGUGUUCAUGUCGGACCGGGGUCCAUUACGCUCGGAAGAUCAAAAGUACGCGGUGUACCUCCAUCGGCUUAACCUCGACGAGCUGCCAACGGCCCUUGAGUGCCCUUAUCCCUUUACUCAAUUUACCCUAACCCCUUUCGGGCGAAUCGUCAUUGUUUCACAGCACGCACCAUAUGCCUGGGAUCAGCGGUUCACCGGUGGGGGUAGAUAUAGUAGUGCCAUUCACGGGCACGGAUUGGUGACGGCCGUGGCGGCGCGAGUGGUCUCAAACCGAAAGUAUGGGCAGCCUGUCACGCCGCAAGAUGGCCACACCCGCGAUGUAGCUUUUCUGAGUCACGACAAGACCAACACAGAGCCUACACAGACCACAUCAUAUAUCUCGCUGGGUGGUGACAACCGGAAACCGAAGCGCAUCUCAUUGUCCACACAGCCUUAUGAUCAUGCGUUUCCGUUUGAAAUUGCCGACCUUGCAUGGGCGGGCACGACGCUCUACAUUCUGUCUAAAGAUGCUGGCCACGGUACGAACAACAACAACAACAACAACAACAACAACGCGGCAUCCUCUUCGUCAACCCCCCAAUCGACUCGGAAACCGACCAUCUACCGUCUCGAUCAUGUCGACGAUGUCGAAUUCACAUGUACAGAGGUAUAUGGGGCCGGGGAGGAUGAUGACUACGUUGUUGGCAUCAGCGGCACGCGGGAUGACCUGCUCGUCCACACGCGCACCGAGGCAGGAGACAGACUGAGUUUGCUGCUCGCGGGUCGCACGGUUUGGCAGCAACAGGGUGCCAUUCUUGAGGCAGUCGCUGCCCGGCCCAGAGUCAAAAAGCCCAACAGCAACGAAAUUGAUUACAUCAUGACCGUUGUAGCCGUGAUCUCUGCAGACGGCCAAGUGUACUCUGCCAAGAUCAAGGAAAAAAUAAAGGAUAAGGCAAAGGAUGAGGUGGAGGAUGAGGUGAAGGAUGAGGUGAAGGAUGAGGUAAAGGAUGAGGUAAAGGAUGAGGUAAAGGGUGAGGUAAAGGAAGAGGCAAAGGAAGAGGCAAAGGAAGAGGUAAAGGAAGAGGUAGAGGAUAAGGCCCAGGACCGCGACUCAGUCAAGUCCGAUAGCACCAUCAGUACGAUUCCAGCCAAGAAAGUACAACUUUCCAACCACGGCAGAGAUGGUUCACCCCCGAUCGCACCUGAAGCGUCCGAGGCCACGCAUUAG